UUGCUUGAUUCAGAAGCUCCAGGAAUGUGCUAAUUGGCGGCGGCCUCUUCAGAAAGGAAAAUGGAUCUUGUUGUGUGAGGGUGUUGAGGAAACGGUCCCCAGCUACUGAGAGGAAGAAAAGCCAGUGGGAAAUAUUCAGAUCGAGGGAUUUUAAUGGCUUUCAGGUAGAAGAAAGUGGAGACAAUCAAAAUGAAUUCUAUGGACAGGCACAUACAGCAGACCAAUGACCGGCUGCAGUGCAUAAAACAGCACUUACAGAACCCAGCAAACUUCCAUAAUGCAGCAACAGAACUCCUGGACUGGUGUGGAGACCCCAGAGCCUUCCAGAGACCAUUUGAGCAGAGCCUGAUGGGCUGUUUGACGGUGGUUAGUCGAGUGGCAGCUCAGCAAGGAUUUGACUUGGAUCUUGGAUACAGGCUACUGGCAGUAUGUGCAGCCAACAGGGACAAAUUCACUCCAAAAUCAGCUGCACUGCUGUCAUCGUGGUGUGAGGAGCUGGGACGGCUCUUGCUGCUUCGCCACCAGAAAAGCCGGCAGAACGAUCCUCCUGGGAAGCUCCCCAUGCAACCCCCCAUGAACUCUAUGAGCUCCAUGAAACCCACCCUCUCUCACAGUGAUGGGUCUUUCCCUUAUGAUUCUGUUCCCUGGCAACAAAAUACCAACCAGCCUCCAGGCUCUUUGUCAGUGGUCACCACAGUAUGGGGUGUGACUAACACCUCUCAAAGCCAGGUGCUGGGAAAUCCAAUGGCAAAUGCUAACAACCCUAUGAACCCAGCAGGAAAUCCCAUGGCUUCUGGGAUGACAACCAGCAACCCUGGAAUCAAUUCCCCUCAGUUUGCUGGACAGCAGCAGCAAUUUUCAGCCAAGGCAGGCUCCACUCAGCCAUACAUACAGCAGGGCAUGUAUGGGCGACCCAAUUAUCCUGGAAGUGGAGGUUUUGGUGGAAGUUACCCUGGAGGCCCAAAUACCCCUGCAGGAAUGGGGAUUCCCCCCCACACGAGGCCACCAGCUGAUUUCACCCAGCCGGCUGCAGCUGCUGCCGCUGCUGCAGUUGCAGCUGCAGCUGCUACAGCAACAGCUACAGCUACAGCCACUGUGGCAGCCCUUCAGGAAACACAGAAUAAGGACAUGAACCAGUAUGGACCGGUUUGUUCCUCUUUCCAGAUGGGUCCAACUCAGGCUUACAACAACCAGUUUAUGAACCAGCCUGGUCCUCGUGGUCCUGCUUCUAUGCCAGGCAACAUGAACCCAGCAAGCAUGGGAGCAGGAAUGACACCUUCCAGCAUGAGCGGGCCACCCAUGGGCAUGAACCAGCCUCGGCCUCCUGGAAUGAGCCCCUUCAGCACCCAUGGGCAGAGGAUGCCUCAGCAGGCCUACCCAGGCCCACGGCCCCAGUCUUUGCCUAUACAGGGCAUAAAGAGACCAUACCCAGGAGAGCCGAAUUAUGGAAACCAGCAGUAUGGACCAAAUAGCCAGUUUCCAAACCAGCCUGGUCAGUACCCCACUCCCAACCCUCCGAGACCCCUCACAUCUCCCAGCUAUCCUGGACAGAGGAUGCCAAGCCAGCAAAACACAGGGCAGUACCCUCCUCCAACAGUCAACAUGGGGCAGUAUUACAAGCCAUCAAGGCCUGUACCUGUGGCAAAUUACCCUCAUUCACCUGUUCCAGGAAACCCCACGCCACCUAUGACACCAGGGAGCAAUAUUCCUCCAUACCUGUCACCUAACCAGGAUGUCAAACCACCAUUCCCACCUGACAUUAAACCAAAUAUCAAUGCUUUACCACCACCUCCAAAUGCUAAAGGGAAAGUUCACGCUUUCUCUCCCUCUUCGAUCCCAGCCAACCACAACGAUGAGCUGCGCCUGACGUUCCCUGUCAGAGAUGGGGUUGUCCUGGAGCCCUUCCGGCUGGAGCACAACCUGGCAGUCAGCAACCACGUCUUUCACCUGCGGCCAACCGUGCACCAGACACUGAUGUGGAGGUCUGACUUGGAAUUGCAGUUUAAGUGCUAUCACCAUGAAGACAGACAAAUGAACACAAACUGGCCAGCUUCAGUCCAGGUCAGCGUUAAUGCAACCCCACUUACCAUCGAACGUGGUGACAACAAGACAUCUCAUAAACCUCUGCACCUAAAGCAUGUCUGCCAGCCAGGGAGAAACACCAUUCAGAUUACAGUCACAGCGUGCUGUUGCUCACACUUGUUCGUGUUGCAGUUGGUGCACCGGCCAUCGGUUCGCUCCGUACUUCAAGGUCUACUAAAGAAACGCCUCCUCCCAGCAGAACAUUGUAUCACCAAGAUCAAGAGGAACUUCAGCAGCGUAGCAGCUUCCUCUGGCAAUGCAACACUAAAUGGGGAAGAUGGAGUCGAGCAGACUGCUAUUAAAGUGUCUCUCAAGUGUCCAAUCACAUUCCGGCGGAUCCAGCUCCCGGCGAGGGGUCACGACUGCAAGCACGUACAAUGCUUUGAUCUGGAAUCUUACUUGCAACUGAACUGUGAAAGAGGAACUUGGCGGUGUCCAGUAUGCAAUAAAACUGCUCUCUUGGAGGGCUUGGAAGUUGACCAGUAUAUGUGGGGUAUUCUGAAUGCUAUACAAAACUCUGAGUUUGAAGAAGUUACAAUUGAUCCCACUUGCAGUUGGAGGCCGGUCCCUAUAAAGUCAGAUAUUCACAUCAAAGAUGACCCAGAUGGCAUUCCCUCAAAAAGAUUUAAGACAAUGAGUCCAAGCCAGAUGAUCAUGCCAAAUGUAAUGGAGAUGAUUGCAGCUUUGGGUCCUGGCCCGUCACCUUACCCAUCCCUACCCCCUCCUCCAGGAGGCAACAACUCCACUGAAUAUGGUAACCAAGGCAACAGUUACCAAGGUCAUGGCAAUUUUGACUUCCCACAUGGGAAUCCGGGUGGCACAUCUAUGAAUGACUUCAUGCAUGGGCCACAGCUGUCGCAUCCCCCAGACAUGCCGAGCAGCAUGGCAGCUCUCGACAAACCUCUCAGUCACCCCAUGCAGGAAUCUAUCCCUCAUCCCGGCAGCACUGAUCAGUCCCAUACUUCCAUGCAGCAAGGUUUGCACGUCCCUCACCCCAGCAGCCAGUCAGGGCAGCCAUUACAUCACAGCGGGCCUCCUACCCAGCAGUCCCGGCAGCCGCCCCCGGCCGCUUCUAGCAACCAUCCACACAGUGACCUGACCUUUAACCCCUCCUCAGCCUUAGAGGGUCAGGCUGGUGGACAGGGAGCACCCGACAUGCCGGAGCCCUCGCUGGAUCUGCUUCCAGAACUCACAAAUCCAGAUGAGCUGCUUUCAUACCUGGAUCCUCCUGAUUUGCCAAGCAAUAGCAAUGAUGACCUUCUGUCUCUCUUUGAGAACAACUGAAACUAUAUGUAUUCUCCCAUCCUUUUCACUUGUUCACACGUGUGUGGCUGCACAGCGAGGAAUUGUAACACUCCUUUUCCACAAGAGAAGAAAAAAAACCUCACAACUCGAUCCAAUGGUGCACUCCCUGCUUUCUUCAUCUCAGAACUGCUUUUGUUAGCUUCAAAGACUGCGAAAGUGACGGGAGAAAAUAAUACAAAAGUUAAAUAAAUACAGUAAUCUCCGA